CAGUGUCAGAUGAGAGUGUCAGUCUAUAAUAAAACGAAAACAGAGUUGUUUUGCUGGUUAUUCUAUCUAUUUCUAGCAAUUCUAGCGAGUUCUUGCGAGUAGUUUUACAAAAAAUAUGUCUCAAAACGAAGCGGGUCAAUCUACAGACGAUCGAGAACCUUUAAAACAAAUUUUCGACGAUGCUAUGAAAUUGUUUGACACCAUUGAAAAUGGAAAAGAAGCCACUAACAGCGACCCGGUUCAGACCAGUAUAAAAGCAGCGAUAUCGAAGUUCGAGAAGGCUACAAACAUGGUGUCCAUGUUGGGGCUGUUCAGCAAGAACGAGAGCCUGGAAGAGCUGCCCACUGAGACACUGCAGUACCUCUUGCUACCUGCUUUGCUGGGGACGCUCACUUUGAAGCUGUGCAGCCAGCAUCGGAAGGAAAUUAUUGAUGUUGCUGAAAUUUAUUUUAGAGACUUCCUCCAGAGGUGCAAGGACUAUGGCGUGACAGAUGUUGAGGUGCCCCAACCCAGCGCUAACGGUGAAGGCACCAUCAGCAGAGUGCAGAGCGAACAGGCCAAAAUAGCAACUAUGGUUAUGACAAGGGAAGCUAAAAUCAAAAGGUACAAAGAGCAGAAGGAGUUGAAAGAUAAACUGAGCACGCUCUCCAAAGCGAUGACGUCAUACAACGUAGAUGACGAGACCAAACGACAAUACUUCACCACACUAUUGCUGAACUAUGUGAACGAGGCUCUUGAUGAACUGGCCAGCAUCGAGCAGGAGAGGCCGAUAUUGGAGUAUAUGGAGAAACAUGCUGGAGAACCUAAACCGCACACAGACAGGCCCCGGCCGCCCCCACUGAAGCCGGUCAUCAUCACCAAGGACGCCGUUCAGAAGGCGGUGUUCGGGCUCGGCUACCCGUCCAUACCCGCCAUGACAGUAGAGGAGUUCUACGAUCAGAGGGUCAGGGAGGGAAUAUUUCCCGGCGGCAACAGCUCCAACAUCCCGCACACCACUCUACAGAACGCUGAGACCGACGGGGACGAAGCUGACAAAAUACAGAAGGAGCAACUGGAAGAGGAGGAUGAUCCAGAAGAGUUGGCGCGCAAACGCAAUAUGGACGAAUACAAGGACGACCAUCGUCGAGGCUGGGGCAACAGAUAUAAUAGGAGUUAAUGUAGGCAAUAUGUGCCGGCGUAACAUUGCCUUUCUUUUGUGACAGGCGCAUGUUUAUUGUAAAGACAUUUUGGUGCGAACGCCAUUUUGUAUGUGCUGUAAUAUUUUUCCGAAAUUUUUGUUUUAUCGGAUAUUAAUGUUUAAAAUGUGGAUAUAUCUGUAUUUGUAUCAAGUGGAACACAGAGAACAAUAAACAAGUGAGAAUAUUAAAAUGCACACAAAACAAUGUACAGUUAAUACUAACAACUUCGAUCAUUAAAUACUUGGUGAGUUAAGUGCCUACCUCUUGUUUUGGAAAUCGUAAAUUUAUGAGAGCAAUAUCUAUUGCAAGAUUGCUUUUAUUUUAUUUUACUUAUUGAAAGGGCAUUUUCAUAGGGGAAAUUGUCACUUUCCGUCUUUUCAAGAAUCUUUGACUUGAUGAUAGAAUUGAGAUCAGAUCAGAAGACAUCUUAAUGUACGUUGUACAUAAUUCAUGUAACUGGAUUCUAUUAAAUACAUAUUGUUUGUAUACUC